AUGGAGAAGUUAAUCGGGCUCGAUAUAUGCCCCAAAAAUAAAACUCUCGACGCAUACCAGAUUUUUAAGUUUCAUGAUGGCGUCGUUGAAGAUGUUGCUUGGCAUUUGAGGCAUGAAUACUUAUUCGGCUCAGUUGGUGAUGAUCAUCAUCUCCUAAUUUGUGAUAUGCGUACUCCUGCACCGACCAAGCCUGUACAGUCUGUGGUGGCAAACCAGGGUGAGGUGAAUUGCCUGGCUUUCAAUCCUUUCAAUGAAUGGGUUGUUGCAACUGGUUCAACCAACAAGACUGUCAAAUUAUUUGAUCUUCGGAAGAUUGAUACUUCGCUGCACACUUUUGACUGUCACAAAGAGGAAGUAUUUCAAGUUGGAUGGAGCCCAAAGAAUGAAACUAUACUUGCAUCUUGUUGUCUGGGAAGGAGGCUGAUGGUUUGGGAUCUAAGCAGAAUUGAUCAGGAGCAAACACCAGAGGACGCGGAGGAUGGCCCUCCUGAGCUCUUGUUCAUUCAUGGAGGCCACACAAGCAAAAUCUCUGACUUCUCCUGGAACCCGUGUGAGGACUGGGUGCUUGCAAGCGUUGCUGAAGACAACAUCCUUCAGAUAUGGCAGAUGGCAGAGAACAUCUACCAUGAUGAGGAUGAUCUUCCCAGCGAUGAGCCGGCAAAGGCUUCAUGAAACCCUUAAUGGUAGGACACCGGAAUG